ACUGAAUGUACUGUACGCCCGGUUUUGUAGUUUCUUAUUGCUUCUACAUCAGAACUGAAACCAAUAAUUAUUGUAUCUGCUGCGUAACAGGGUUUAAGUAACUCCAGUGACACGCAUAAAUAUUCAUUGUAAAAAUGAAUAACUCUGCUGCAAAGGUUGGAGAGAUAUUUCGGGAGGCCGGUACAGCUUUUAACAAGCUUUCUGAAAUGACUAUGCUGUUACAUCCUGUUGGUGACUCGCAGCCCGGAGGCAAGUGGACAGAUGAGGAGAUAGAAAUGCUCAGGUCUUGUGUACACCGCUUUGCUGUGGACCUCAAUAAGCUUAGCCAGCAUAUCAAGAAUCGGACUGUAACACAAAUCCGUACUACUCUAAAGAAGAAGGCUUUUGAAGAUGCAGGUAUACCUGUCAGGCAGGUAAGCAGUACGGUGACCAGCCACAGCCAGCCUCCCCAACCGCCUCAGGUAGCCACUCAGUCUCCACUCAGAGCCCUCAACCAACAGACGGUGUUAGGAAAAAACGCAGAGGUGACGCUGAACAUGCUUAACGCCUCGGAGAACGAGGUCGACGUGGAGGGGCUCAGCGGCGACGUGAAGCUGGAGUUCGAGGCCAGCACCGAGGAGGUGGCCACCUGAAACAUGUUUGGGUUUUCCUUCUAUUAAGCAGGAAGCCUUCAACGCACCCCAAUAUAGACUGUGUAUACAAGACAACCUUUAGUACCAAUCGCGUGAGUCCACCUACUCCGUCCUAACUUACACCUUAUCUGAUAUUGUCUUACUGGCGGCUUCGUAACUCAUAACUUGUAUUAUUCUUUAUCCAUAGCAUAUAAUGGCUGUUAAAAUUGUUAUUCAAACUGCAGCAGCAUUGUUAGUACCUAAACAACCGUAUUUCAUCAUCGUAAGUGGCUCAGUUAUUUUCGGUUAUUGAUAUCCUAUUUCCUAGGAGUGAUGUACUAAAUAUAUUUGGGCAUGCUAUGCUAGUGAAUACUAUGCUGAAAAGCAGUACCAUGUUGCAUUACGCGUGAGAUUUGGCCGUGUACCUAUAUAGCACAAUCGAGAAAAAAGUCGAAAUCUCUAGAACAGCAUUGAAAUAUAUUAUUAUGUACUUAUUUAGGAAUGUAUCGGAACCGCCGCCAUCUUGGAAAAUUUGUUUCGUCCUUUAGAAAUUCGAUUGUGCUGUUAAAAACAUAGACCAAGGGCCUAUUGCAUAAUAAAAUACAACGUAAUACUAAUAGUAUUAGCUUGUAUUUUAUUAUGCAAUAGGGCCCUGAUGUCCAAUGCCGGAUAGUUUUAGUAGGUACGUAGUUGUAGGUUUGCCAUUGCCUUUUUAAAAAGAUUAUGUGAACUAUGGACGCUACAAUUCAAAAGUCCACCUUGUCGGGGUUGUCUUAAUUGCGCACUGAACUCAUUGUAAAUAAUAUGAAGUGUAUCUAAGGGGCGUGCGUUAGAAACCAAAAGACUGCUUCAGUGUUAGUGUAUAAGUAAUUAAAUAAUAUGGUGUGCGUUGGUGACCAGUUCAUAUCGGGUGACGUGAAAUUCUAAGGCACGAAAAAGUGAAAGUGCACCAUGAAAAUAUAAAUAAUGUGAAAGAGUGAGCUGUGAGAGAAUCGGGAUCUCUGCGGGCUUCAAAGAAACGGAACUGGUUUAUGGACUUCCUGAAGAACCGGUAAUUGUGUGUAGGUACAGUCAGCGUCAAAUAAAUUGUGUCGGCUGAGCGGCCCAAAUGUAUCGGAAGUACGGAUUCGGAACCCAUGCUUAUUUCUGUGGUAAUGAAGGUGUGUUAUAGCCUAUAGGUACUAAUAGGCCAAUUUGGUCGUCAUUGUUUAUUUGAUGCUGACUGUACUAAUUUUAAGUUAGUGUCAACGAUGAAAAGUAUGUAACUAUUUAGCGUUUUCUGAAAAAGGAACAUGGCAUUUUGUAACGUUGAAGUGCAUGAAGCAAAAUCUUAUUUGCGUAGCGUUAUGACAUUACAUAUUCAUUCUUCUCACCUAUGUCCUCAUAAUUCUGAAAAAAAUGUUAGUAUCACGUUAAAUAAUGCAUUCAAGCAUAUAUUAUCAGAUUGAUGUCAUAGAAUUAAGUUAAUUGUAGUUAUUACGUUAUAAAAUGAAAUAAAUGGCCUGACGUAUUCAUUUUAUAUGUUGGUGUAUCCCGAAUUUUGAGGCACGUCUGGCUUUGGCUAAUCAUAAAUAUUAUACAGUUUGACUUGUGAAAAAGAUACAAAACUAGUAGGUAACCUAGUUUGACCUUCGACUAUACUCCGUUCCAGUUAACAUUAAACUGUAGAAGAUGACAAGAUCAGGGUUUCUACAGCUUUUCUGAGUAUCUUUGCUCAUUACAAUAAUGAUACAUUUAAAAUGUUAAUCAAAUAAAACAAAAACAAUAUGCUGUCAUGACAAAAUAGUUCUUUUUUCAUAAAUGUAACCUACUUAUUUAAUUAUUAUGGACUUUCGGCACCAUUAUUUCCGAAAGCAUUCACUAAACCCUAAACCACAUAUUUGUUUUGUAAGGCGUAUGUAACGUCAUCACAUACCGCAUAUGGUUGAAGCGAAAAAACCUUAUUGACUAAUAUAAAAAAAAAUAGUUAAGAAUCAUGGCGUUAAUUUUUUUGCAACUAGGUACGAACAGUUGUUUACCUCUGCCUCUUUGGAUGUGCAUAUUAUAUGGGAACUUUUUUUAUUUAGUUAUAAUACAAGAAAAAGUAGCUACAAUUACAUGUUUGUAAAAUAAAUAUUUAUAAAAUAUUUUAUGUGAAAUAAUUGGUGAAAGUAUUUUCAUCUCGAAAUUAAUUUAAUGAUAUCUACUUAUUAAAUGACAUUGCUUAUCGAUUGACUUGUGACAUGAAGAAUUAUAUAAAAGAAUGUUAUAUGUACAUAUAAAUAACCAUUUUUCCUCCCGCCUAAUCCUAUCUGGAAUGGAGUAUACCUAGUAAAUUCCCUUAGUUACCUACUUGCACAGUCAAUCCUAGUAGAAACGCAAAACGGUCGCAUAAUUAUGUAGAUAUUAAGAAUAGAGUUGCAACGGAUGGUUAUUUGGCCGGAUACCGGAUCUUCGGCCUGGCCAUCGGCCGAAUAUCCAGUAUCCGGCCGCCUAAUAUUCGGCUGGCGGAACUAUACCUACAUUUUGGUUUUUCAGGUGCGCAUUCUGCAGGUUUGACCUGUUUCCUAGUGAACGUUCUCGCGGACACAUUUCUAGGUUUAAAUGAGUGCGCGUGCAAAUCAGUGGAAUUUUUAAAUUGUUUUAAAAUAAUAAACAAGUACGAUUAUGAUCAAGACUGUUUCUUAAAUCCAAUUAGUCUCCGAAAUCAAGCAAUGUUACUAUCCGGUAUCCGGCCGGAUAGUAAGUCACCGGCCGGAGUUUAAAAAUCAUGGCCGGAUACCCGAUAGUAACCGAAUAUCCGGUGCAUCUCUAAUUAAGAGCCAUUUUAUGUUUAAGACAUGUAAGCGUUUUUUCCGGUCUUAGUUACACAUGGAAACUAAUGAAAUAAUUUUAUUCUACUGGACUUAGUAUAAAUUAUUUUAUCAUGAGCUUAUUGUACCCAUAUUGUAUGAGGAAGUAAAUGUAAUUGAAUGUAGAUUCUUAAGAUUUAUAGGUAUGUAAUUGUAUUAUAGUUUGGCUAAGGAUGUUGUACUAACAAUUUGUUAUUAUGUAGUCUUAGAGCAUUUAGUAACUGGAAACCUUGUCUGUCAUUUUCUGUACAAACCAGUCUGCCGAUUUUUGCGAGGGAGGGUCACGUCAAAUGUGGCUAUUUGUACGUAACGUACAAAUUAGCGUAACGUCAGAUAAACGUCAGUCCAUACAAUACUUUUGUAUUGUGGAAAGUUGUCGGCAGAGGGGUAAGCUGUUAAAAGCGACUCUGGUUAUUAAAUGCUCCAAGUGUGUAGUCCAUUAUCGUAGCUAUUAUAUAAAACGAAGACCACUUGGCAGCCCAGGGUUGUGUGCAACCCCGGGUAUCCGGCGGCAUGGAGAAACAUCAUAGUCGUGAUAAAAAUAUCAUGUAUAGAUAGGCAAUAUGUACAGAUGUAGUGCAUACCUAACAGUGGCGGCGCAUCAAACAUAUCCAUAGGCAAGCCGGAGCUAAUUUUGCUUACAUAUUUCUUUUACAACUCUGCUCAAACGUCCAAAACCACUAAAACCAGGCAAGCCGGUGGGAAUCGGCUUUUAUGGACACGCCGCCACUGAUACCUAAUCCUUUACGUACGUACGUGUCAUGCCAUUUGAGUCAGCCUCAGUACAGGGGCCAAAUUCGACACGUACAACUGUCAGAUUUCGCAUCCACGUCAAAUCAACAGUUGAUUUUAUCGCAUACUGAGUUAUGAUUCCAUCAACGGUGGAUAAUAUCAUUUGGUACAACCAAAACUCCACUCUAAACUAAGGGUGGUUCGGUUUGGUUUGCUUGUCACCUUAACUGUGGAUUGUUAAUGUCAAAUUUUUCUACAUUGUACGUAUUCGAGAACUUAUGAUUUUUCCCACAUCAACGGGAUAUCAACACGAUACGUCAAACGUCGCUUGUCGAAUAGGGGUCCUGAAAGUACUGAGGUUGACUGAAGUAGCAUGUAACGUUUCCAAGAAAAUACGAUGAUCAAAGAUUAUUCACUACAUCUGUAAUCGAUGACUAGCAUUACUACUAACAAAUAGGAACUUUAAAAAAAUCGUGUGUAACAAUUACAAUGGUCGUGGUCGGUUCAGAAUUUUAGCCUUCCUUCUAUAAUUUACUCGACGCCGGUCUUAAUCUGAAUAGCUACUUAUUAUUGAAUUUAAUAAGACCUUACCUUAACACCUUAUUUUAACAUUUUAAAAUAAGAUGUAGUUACGAUACUGUAAUCUUUCUUGAUCAAACCUAAAUCUAAUAAGGCCGAAACAAAAUGACUGAAUACCAGCUGCAUCUUGUGCGAGCGCGCAGCCGAUGUGCAGCCUCAUUGCAAAUGGUUCAUAUGUAUUUUUGUACCCGCCGUAACCCAUAAGGGAUCAUUUAGACGGCGCGCGAACUUGCAUGCGAUUCUAGUUAUAGUCAGACCGAGAAAAGUCUGCAGCGACUUUGAUAGCCUACGAAGUGCAAGUGUCAUUUCAAACGUCAAACUUCUAUGAAAUUAUGACGUAUUAAUAACACUUUCAGUGCGAGGGCUAUCAAAAUCGCUGCACUCUUUUCCUCGUGUAACUCUACAUUGCAGAACCAUUAAGGUAACAUCAAUUCUGAUGACCAAAUGUGACGUUCCACUACAAAAGGUACCUUAUGGCGGCCGGCGCUUACGUCGCAUAGCGCCGCAAUAAUAUUGAAGCGGCGUUAAUAAUAGCGUAAGCGCCAAUCGCCAUUAGGUACCUUUUUCCGUGGGACGUCACAAAUAACACAUAAUAGUAAGAAUGACAUAUAUCUCAAUAUGAAUUCACUUAUUGGGGAACUGGUUAGUACGUAGGGCAUGAAGUGUGAAUAUUAUGAAUAGGUACAUGAUUGAAAGAACCGUAACGUAAAUAAUGUUAUUUUAAGUAAAUAUAGACACAAUAAUGUGUUUCCUUAGCAAACUUUUCUAAACCUGUAUGCUUCCUGGAAAGUUCCUCAGGCCUAGUUCUAGCUACUAUUAUCAAUGACAAUGUGGGAAUUGGUGUAUAACUUUACAGCCCCAAAUCCCAUAGCAACAUUUUUUUUAAACCGUUUCGGAUGUUUAUAUAAUCAUAGCCAUUUAUAGCCAUAGAACUUAUUAAUGACAUUUGAGAAGUGUAUUUUUCAAAAGGGCUUAUUUCUCUAAGAAUGUUUUGUAUAAAACAAAGCCAAUUUGAAGAGAAAUACUCAUAUACUCGUAAUAGGAUAUAGUCUGUCUUGCUGAAUUAAAGACAAGAAUAAUCACUCAUAUAAAGUCCAUUUUUUUAGCAUUAGAAAGAACUUCGCAGAAGUAAGCUUGUGGUUCCAAAUCCGGCACUUUUAGCGGUAAUCCUUUGAAGUAAAUUAUAUGUAUUGACCAUGCUACAUUAGAUAAUUCAAUAAUUAUUAACAAUUAAAGAGCCUGAUAAAAACUGCACGCUUGCUUCUGUGGAGUUCUUUCUAAUGCUAAAAAAAACGAAACAAUAGAAGACUGACCGUCGCCGUUCUCAGGUAUUACCACCAACUUGUUAGCUAUGGCAUAGAGAAAUAUAGUAAGAAUAGUGCUCUUGGCGCACUCCAUACAUCAGUUUUGGUACCAAACAGACUAUUAUUUUCGUAUUCGAAAUCUAGCAUCGAGUUGCGUAAUUAUCAGAGUUGCGUAAUUAUCAGUACCGCUAUGAGAAAAAAUGUAUGAAUAGUACAUGUGAUACAAGUGUGCUACGUCGUUCUAUACCGGGUGUGGCCUGUAGGUAAUACGAGUAUGAGCAAAAAUUUAACUGUAGGCCGUACUCCUCAUACUGACCAACAUUUGUUCAGCGACUUUUAAAAAUAACUUGUGGUUGGAUUUUUAAUACACUUUAAAGUUUAUUCCAAGACGCAAUGUAUUGCGAAUUGUGUUAUGUUUAGGGCGAGACAAGCAACGUCAAUUAUAAUAAUAUGGCGUGGCGUUGGCGUCCAUUGAAGAUAGUAUUUAUUUUGUAUGAAAAAUAGGGAGUCUAAAUACUUCAUGAUUUUAAAAGUUGUUGAAUAAAAGUGUCACCGUUUGAGGAGUACAAUCUAUGUUUUAAUUAUUUGCUCAUCAUACAGGCCACACCCGGUAUAGAGCAGGCUUUCAUAAUUCAUAACACUUAAGUAUAUGACAAUUUUUUCUGCGUCGUUUCUAUUUGGGAUCUUCUGCAAAAAAAAUUAGUCUAGGUAGUUGUUUAUGUAAUCAAAAUUAGAAGGCUAAACGUUUGAACUCUACGUCCUAAAAAUAUUGUAUUGAGGUGUUUUAUUGUAAUAUAUCUUAAAAAAUAAACUACUAAAGCAUGGAUAA